CCUUGCGGUACUUCGUCCUUUCUCAACUACAUACAACAAUAUCCAUAGUGUCUUUUAAGACAAUUUAAAAUUAGUAAAUUAAGUGUUAGCUAAUUAUAAUUAUUUUAAAUGGGGGAGAAAAAGGAGGCACUUUUAUGGAGAUUCGCCGAUGCUGUUCAAAAUAUUCUCGAAACACCUGUCAUUUGGUUUCGAGAAAAAAUUGUUGAGCCAAACAGAAAAGUAUAUCCCUGGUAUCAUCAGAAAUUCAGACGAGUACCGACUAUUGAUGAAUGUUAUACUGAUGAUUAUGUCUGUAUUUAUGAAGCCAAUGUACAAUAUCAGAAAGACAGAAUGGUGGACAGUGAAAUCGUUGCUAUCUUGAGAAAUAGAUACGAAGACUGUGUUCUUUACAAUCAAGAAAUUAAAGCUUGCGAUAAUUUAUAUGAAAUAUUGGAAGAGGCAUCUGCAGAUUGGUGCGCGAAACAUGCUGAUCUCGGGCCACAACCAGACGCCAGAGAAGCUUUUAUGAAACAAAAACAUCGUAUGGUUUGGGAAAGAAGACACGGACCCGUUGGUUCAGGAAUGAAAGAAGUACCAGAAAUUUGAAUCAUCAUACGUAGAAACAUAAAAGCAUUAAUGUAAAAUUCUAACUGUAGAUAAUCAUAAAGUUAAAUAAAAAUCAUUUGGUUUAUUGCCAUUAGUAA